UUUUAAAAUUUCCGUACACGCUUAAUCAUUUACACGAAAUAUACUAAGAAUGCAAAACAACUUUUAAUUCCCUUAGAACCUUUAAAAAACAUACUUAAAUUUCGAACUUUUGCACCCAAAUUGAAAAUUUUCUACAAUGGUGAGGAAACGGAAAGAAGAUUUUGGAAAUUAUGUGGCAGGUAUAUUGCAGAAUUCAAUGCUUACGGGCAUACCUCAAAUAGCAGGAGCAGGAAAUGCUCCCAAGAGAAUCAUCCGAGCUCUGGUAUUUGUCGCCUGUUUGAUAGGAUUUAUCUAUCAGUCCUUAGUAUUCAUGAAUCUUUAUUGGGAAUAUAAGACAGUAAUUGAUGUUCAGGUGCUUACAUCAAAGGAAGCGGAUUUGCCUUCUGUCACUGUGUGCAAUUACAAUGGACUGUAUCGGAGCAAAAUUUGCAAUGAUUCACGAUUCGAAUCCAGAUGCUCGAAGUUGACAAACGAUGCUGAGUAUGGUGCUGAUUGGUGUGAAUGUUUAGGGGGAAGGUGGUGCAAAAAUGGUGUUCUGGAUGACGUUAAAGUUGUUGAUUGGCAACUCUACAGAGAAAUUAAUAUGAUGGAGUACAGUGAGUAUGAAAUGUUGUUACAGGAUUUUGAGGAGUUUUUCGAUUACUGUACUAUUUAUCAGGGGAGUGAAGAUAAAAUUUUCACCAAGUGUGACAUGAAAAACUAUGAACACGUGCGUUGCCCAGGUGAAGAUUCCACAAUGGGUACUUGCUGGACUCUUAAUACAAUAAUUGGACAACCAGAGGCAGAACCUCGGAAAGUCCUCUCAAAUGCCCGUUUAACUAUAGUGGUAUUUCCACAUGCUGAGGAAUAUUCAACGGAAAUCAAAUCUGUCACAGCACAGGUCGCUAUUCACAAUCCUCGACAGAUUGUCAAUCCAUAUACCAAUGGAUUCCACAUGAAGGUCAACACGAGGCAAGACUUUCGACUGAAAAAGGUUGUGAAAAAACUUCUCCCCGCCCCUUACGAGACAAACUGCGUGGAUUAUGUAGAAAGAUGGAAAUCAAGAGGAGGACGUGGCCCCACUAACCAAAAAGAAUGCGAUGGAGAAUGUCAGAAAAACGUCAGCUUGGAGGUAUAUGGUGGUUGCCUUAGUCAGUAUUUCUAUGUUCCCGGAAACGAAAGAAGAUGUGGGGUAGAUGUUAUUCCAAAGGGUGAUGUAAUAGCUAAAAUUGCAGAAUGCCAGAAAAAGCACUGUAAUCCAGCAUGUUAUGAUGAACAUUAUGAAAUUGUAAGAGAUGUUAGAGACAGACGCAGUCAAGCUGACUGUGGCUUUGAUGAAUUCAAAUCUUUUGCACAAGAUAUAGGCAUGUUUAUAUACCUAAAUGGAAUGGAAACAACGACAUAUACAUAUAGUCCCAAAUAUCAGAACAUCGAAACGUUCAGCUACCUUGGAGGCUAUGUUGGAAUGUGGCUAGGAAUCUCAUUGGUAGCAGUAUUUGACUUCCUAGAGACAGUCAUCAUCAUGAUGAGGUAUCCUUUCAGGAAGCUCAUGGAAUCGAGAGCAAAGAAGGAAAGAUUACAACACAUCAAAAAGCUCCAGAGAGAUUUAUAACCACAAGAACUACCAAGAAUUUUGUGGUGCACUUGUUCGAAAUGCUAAAAAAAUGAAUAAAAUGAUAUUAAGCAUAGCACUAAAUAUGUAUGUUAUAGCUAUUAGUACUUUAGCGAGUUAAAAUGCAUAAUUAAGAACAUACGCAGAUAGGAAUAGAUGGCAUUUUAAAUGACAUAAGUAAUUAAUAUGUCUCUUUUCUUCUAGUUAGAUAUUAGUAUGGAAUAGAAAAUAAAGAUA